CCACCACACACACACCACCACCACCACCAUGCUAUCACCAUCCACCACCACCACCACUCUCACCACCACCACCACUCUCACCAACCACCACCACCACCGCCGCCACCACCUCCGAGUGGGCCUGAGAGUGGGCGCCCUGUGCCUCGCCUGGUACUCCGUCAGCUCGGCCGGCAACGUCCUCAACAAAGUGGUGCUCCAGGGAUUCCCGCGUCCGCUGACCGUGUCCCUGUUCCACAUCGCCUCCGUCUGCCUGUACAUGGGGCCCCUCGCGAGAGCCUGGAGGGUCCCCACGGGGCCUCCCAUGCCCCGGGCCACUUUCAGGCGGCUGCUUUUUCCGCUCGCUUUCGGGAAAUUUUUCUCGUCGGUGUCGGCGCACUUCAGCCUGUGGCGAGUGCCGGUGUCGUACGCGCAUACAGUCAAGGCCACGAUGCCCAUCUGGGUGGUGCUGCUCUCUCGCAUCAUCAUGAAGGAGAAACAGACACACAAGGUGUAUUUGUCGCUGGUCCCCAUCAUCGCCGGCGUGCUCCUCGCCACCGCCACUGAGAUAUCCCUGGACUCGUGGGGUCUGGCCAGCGCCCUGAUAGCCACGCUGUGCUUCAGCCUGCAAAACAUCUUCUCAAAGAAGAUGCUGCGGGAUACGGGCAUGCACCACCUGCGGCUGCUUUACCUGCUGGGGCGACUCGCGCUGAUUUUCAUGGUCCCCACGUGGGUCUACUUUGAUGGAGUGGACUUCCUGCGGAUGGAUUUCACGACCAGCGUGAGUGAGUGGUCCUGGCUGCUGCUUCUUCUCACUCUCAGCGGUUUCUGCAACUUUGCCCAGAACCUGGUGGCCUUCAGCGUUCUGAACCUCGUUAGUCCGGUGUCAUACUCAGUGGCCAACGCUACCAAAAGGAUCGUGGUGGUGGCUGUGUCCUUGAUGCUUCUCAGGAACCCCGUCACGGGACUCAACAUCACCGGGAUGAUGAUCGCGAUCCUGGGGGUACUAGCGUACAAUAAGGCCAAGUUGGAUUCUUCCGGCAAUCACAAAUCUCCACUCCUGCCGCUCGUCACAGAUUUGGAUCAUCAUCAUCAUCAUCAGCAGCCUCAGCCUCAGCAGCAUCAUCAUCAGCAGCAUCAGCAGCAUCAUCAGCAGCAUCAGCAGCAGCAAAAGUCCCCAAAGAUUUUUGGAGGGGGUCAUUUUUUGAGCGUCUGAUGGUCACAGGGGCGUGCGGUUAAUAGGGGAAUUAGUAGGGGAGGGAAUUAG